AUAGGAUGAUGGCCUUGCUGAUGUAUGGGUGUGUCUGUCAGCCACGACUCCCUCUAUUCUUUAACGUAAAAAAAGCACAAAAGGCAAGGCAGGUAGUUUAAGCGACAGUAUACUUGGCCGGGGGGAACUGGCUUCCACCCAUCUAGGAGACAGUGUGCAUUGCUGCAAACGAAGAGUUUUUGAUUCAGGGAAUUGUAUUAUUUACUGCCUUAGCUCUCCUUGAGUUUGAUAAUUAUGGAGGUGUAGGACAGUAGGUGCUACUGGGUGAGUAAGACGCUAUUAAUAAUGUGUGUUCCGUUACAGUGUGACCUGCCACACCGCCAGGUGGACCAGCUGGAGAUAGAGAAGCUGUACAAGGAGCACAACUUCACCGGCUGGACGGAGACCUCCGCUAAGGAGGGUCUCAUGGUCACAGACUCCAUGAGGUUCCUGGUAGACGUGAUGAUGAAGCAGAAAGACAGUCUGGAAGACGAUUCAACAGAGUCGUCGCUACGAUUGUCCCACGCUGAUCUGGAGAAGCCUGAUCCCUGCUAUUGCUGAGUUUCAUCCCUGCUGCUUCUGCCGUCCCAGCUUGUAAUCUGGCCCUCAGCCCAGCCGGUGCUAGUGUGCCAGGAGUGUUCCUUCAGGCUGCUACAGAGCAGGUUGUUUACUACGGUGUUGUCUCCGUUCCAGUAGGAACACACUAAGCUACAGCCUCCGCCACCAUUACCAUGUUGUGUUUGUGAAUACAGGCGGAGAACUGACUCCAUCCCACUCCAGCUGAAAUGCACACACACACACACACACUGCCUCUCCUGUUUUUGCUCUCCUGCACCGCUACGGAAUCAAUGGUGACGUUAUGGAAGGUUAAUGCAGGCAACUAGUGAGCUAGCGCAACAGACGUUACUGUCUGGUGCUGAGGAGCUUUAAUUAAAGACGUGACAUGUCCUUCCGAUGCAACCUUGAAGCUUGUUCACACUUUAAAUCGAACAGCUGAUCGGGGAAGAUGUUGUAUACAUAUGUUAACACCAGGAGGCAGCACAGUGCAAGGUGUCUUGAGCUAAGGUGUCAGAAGUUACUGUCGAAUGUUAUUGCGUGACGUGAAACUUUGUCAUACCU